GGCGUCCGGCUUCCGGCGUCGUGUGCCGGUGUGCGGAGGGAGGCCCUGAGGCGCGGCUGGCGCCAUGUUCCUGACCGCACUCCUGCUCCGCGGCCGCAUCCCCGGCCGGCAGUGGAUCGGGAAGCACCGGCGGCCGCGGUCCGUGUCGGCGCAAGCGAAGCAGAACAUGGUCCGCCGCCUGGAGGUCGAGGCGGAGAACCACUACUGGCUGAGCCGGCCCUUCCUCACGACCGAGCAGGAGCGCGGCCACGCGGCGGCCCGCCGAUUGGCCGCCUUCCAGGCGCUCAAGGCUUCGCAGGCGGCCAGGUUCCCCGCGUCCCGGCGGCUGGAGGACCAGCUUGGCCACCUCAAGGUCACCGGGAAGUGGUCCUGACCCGCGCCACGCCGCCUGCGUCCUGCGGCGACGAGCGGGAGCCUCUGGCUGGAGCCCCACGGAGCCCCGGCCAAGCCCCGAGUGCCUGCGACGGAGGUCCCGGGCCCACGCUCUCCACCCCCCGCAGUGUGUCUCGGUCGGAUCGCGCGUCUCGCUUCUCUGCCCUGAGGAGGGAACCGGG